CAGAAAACUUAUCAACGACUUCAACACCCACACGUCAAACCACGCAAAUCCUAAUUUAAUCCCAAAUCGCUCUUUCAAUUGCACCAAACCCUAGAUCAUUCAUCAAUCUCUCCGACUUUCUCUCAUGCUCUCCGCUUUCUCGCCAUUCUUUGGGAUUCGCGAUUCCACCGCUGGAUCCUCGCCGAUCUGAUUCGUUGUGUGACAGGUCAAAUGCUACAUAUUGCAACCAAAACUACUUUUUUCAUGGAGGAACUUGAAGACGUGUAUUUCUAUAGAUGAUGACGAUAAUGAUGGAUAAUUCACCGGAUCUUUCAUCAGGAGAGCGCGCCCAACGCCUUUACAACAAGAAUGUUGAGUUGGAUAACAAGCGUCGAAGGUCAGCCCAGGCCAGAAUUCCAUCAGAUCCUAAUGCCUGGCAACAGAUGCGAGAAAAUUAUGAAGCAAUUAUCCUUGAAGAUCAUGCUUUUGCUGAACAACAUGAAAUAGAGUAUGCUUUGUGGCAGUUGCAUUACCGCCGUAUUGAGGAGCUACGAAGACACUUCAAUGCUGCUGUUGCUCCCACUGGUUUAGCCACAUCUCAGCGUGGGAAAGUUUCCACCCGACCUGAGCGAAUUGCAAAAAUUCGUUCCCAGUUUAAGAACUUUCUUUCUGAAGCAACAGGAUUUUAUCAUGAUCUUAUGCUCAAAAUCAAAGCAAAGUAUGGUUUACCUCUGGGAUAUUUCUCUGAUGAUCCAGAGACUCUAAUAAUUGUCUCUAAAGAUGGAAAUAAAUCCACCGAGAGAAAGAAAGGGCUUGUUUCUUGUUACCGUUGUCUAAUUUACUUGGGUGAUCUUUCGCGUUAUAAAGGCUUAUAUGGGGAAGGUGAUUCAAAGACUAGAGAUUUUGCAGCAGCAUCAAGUUACUAUAUGCAAGCUUGCUCACUUUGGCCUUCAAGCGGCAAUCCUCAUCACCAGCUUGCGAUAGUGGCUUCCUACUCUGGGGAUGAAUUGUUGCCAAUAUAUUGCUACUUCCGGAGUUUGGCAGUUGAUAACCCAUUUCCAACUGCUAGGGAUAACUUAAUUGUUGCAUUUGAAAAGAAUCGUCAGAGCUUUUUCCUGCUUUUGGAUGAUGCCAAUGGUACAUCAAUGAAGAGUGCACCAACGCAGAUGAAUGUGAAAGAAAAAGGAAGAGUUGGGGCAACAACCUUGAAUGAUAGUAAAGUGGAAGCUAGUUCUGUGAAAGAAAAUUCAUCUCGUAAGCCCAAAGGUUUUAAAGCUUUCAGCAUUGGAUUUGUGCGACUAAAUGGCAUCCUCUUUACACGCACGAGCUUGGAGACUUUUGGGGAAGUAUUCUCUAUGGUUAGAGGUGAUUUGAUUGAGCUUCUCUCAUCAGGGCCUGAAGAAAACUACAAAUUUGGUUCAGGUGCUGCAGAUAUAGGAAUUCUCAUUGUUAGACUUAUAGCCAUUCUCAUAUUCACAGUGCAUAAUAUGAGUCGAGAAGUUGACAAUCAAUCCUAUGCUGACAUUUUACAACGUUCAUUUCUACUCAAGAAUGCUUUUACUUCUGUCUUUGAGUUUACGGGGCUCAUUGUCAAGAGAUGUCUACAACUGCUUGAUGCUUCUGAAAGCUCGCUAUUGCCUGGUGUGCUGAUAUUUAUGGAGUGGUUAGCAUGUCAUCCAGAUAUUGCAGCUGGAAGUGAAGUAGAGGAAAAGCAAGCUGCUGCACGAUCAUUUUUUUGGAACAACUGUGUCUUACUUAUGAAUAAGCUCUUGUCCAAUACAAUCAUUUCAAUCGAGGACAACAAAGACGAAACAUGUUUUUUCAACAUGAGCAGAUAUGAUGAGGGUGAAACUGGGAAUCGGCUUGCAUUAUGGGAGGACUUUGAGUUAAGAGGAUUCCUUCCCCUUGCUUCUGCGCAAUCAAUUAUUGAUUUUUCAAGGAAGCAGUCCCCUGGAAGUGAUGGUAUUGGAAAGGCAAAGAGAGCUCGUCUUCAGAGGAUUAUAUCAGCUGGAAAGGCUCUUGUAAGUGUUGUUCAGGUUGGGCAGCAAAGCAUGUACUUUGAUUCAAGGGGGAAGAAAUUUUCUGUUGGUGUUGAGCCUGAAAUAGCUGAUUAUGAGCUGAUUGAUUCUUUUGAAGCUCCUGUUUCAAAUGGUUUGGUGGAAGAACAUUCAGGUAAGCAGAAAAUGGGUUUGGGACUUUUACAGUCGAAGUCACAGUUACAUAUGGAUGGAGAAGAAGAGGAUGAAGUCAUUGUUUUCAAACCCACUUUGCCAAUGCCUUCUGAGAUUAUUGGGUGUUCUUCUAAUGCUUUGCAGGGUGAUAUAGGAAGUUCUGCUGGUACCAUUUCGGCUCCCCAUAGCCAUAAUGGUAGUUUCAUGAUGAACGUUUCUGAUGCAAACGGUUGGCCAACUGCAUCUCUUUCUACUAUUCCAUUGCCUUUGCAACCAAUCCAACCUAGUACUUCAAAGUGGCUGAGGGAGUCUGAAAUUCCCAUUGCAAAUGGGUUAAACAAUUUGAAUUUGUCGGAGAAUGGGCUUGCCAUGAAGCAUAGGUUGCAAGAAUAUGUUGGAGUUAUGCAGCCUACUGCAGCUUCUCUUCCCCUCCCACUCUCCGUGGAUCUCAUUUCGCGCAAUGGGUUUUCUGGUCAAGUUUCGGAUUCUAUAAUACCAUCUAAACGUGAUUCUGUCUUGCCAUCAGAACAAAGUUUUGAUGGUCUGCACAUGAAGUCAUCAUCAGCCUUGCCUGCAGUUGCCAGAAAGAAUCCUGUUAGCCGUCCAGCUCGUCGUGUUGGUCCUCCUCCUGGCUUUAGCCCUGUUCCCCCAAAACCUGUAAAUGAGUCCCUGUCUGGUAUUAGUGUGGAUGGCAAUAUGCAGAUGGAUGAUUAUAGCUGGCUAGAUGGAUAUCAGCUGCCGUCAUCAACAAAAAGCAUGGGGUUUACAAAUGCUACCAAUCACACAGCUCAAUCAUCCUAUCAUGUGAAUGUGAACAACAGCAUGACAGGAUCUACAAGCUUUCCGUUCCCUGGAAAACAACUCCCAAAUAUGCAACCUCAACUGGAAAACCAUAGAAUUCUGCAGGAGUACCAGAUUCCUGAUCAUCUGAAGCUAUACCAAGAGCAGCAGCAGCAACUUGGCAAAACAAUGCAGCAACCUAUGCCGCUGCCAGAGCAGUUUAAGGGAGUUCCUCCUCGGGAAGGUCGUUUCUUUGUGUGAGAUCAUUAUGAAGACAUAUAUGAAUCUUUUGCAGUGAAGAUCCUGCAGACUGGCACGACCUGAUUCAGUCUUUGCCUUUGCAACCCUGCCAAAUAUGAAGUAGUUUUUGUUGGAUAAUCUUGGUGUUGCGGGCAUCUGCCACCAAAUUGCUUCUGCCGAGCUUUCCAGUUGCAGUGAAUGGUGGUUGUGACCGUGUUAGGGUUUGAAAAUGUGGCACUUAAGAUGAUACAUCACCUUUCUGAAUGGGUGGGUUGCCCAUAUAGUGUCUUGGAAGCAUUGGGCAGUUGGUCAUUGUUUGCUACCUGGCGAAAUGAAAAGAAACAGUAGAUUCUUACUUAAACGGGAGGUGAAGGCAUGUCGAAGGGGAAUGGCAUUACGCUUAUAUGGUCAAUUGCAAUGACUGCUGUUACUGGCAGAUGAGUACUAAAGGUAGAGAGUCAUCAGGGCAGCUUGUGAGCCUGCCUUGGAGUUUCCUCAAAGAUCAAAUUUGGAAUGUUAGUGGAAAAAGGUCUGGUUCAUGUGAAGUUAAGACUUGGGAUGUCAAAUGGUAUUAAGUAUGCGAGCAGAUACGCAUUAUGCUAUUUAAAUUUUUUCCAGUUAAUCUGGAUUACUCGUGCUGCAACGAUGCGUUGUGUGAACUUAUUAGGCUGUGCGUGUUAUUGUUGUUCUUUACUUUGAACUCUUGGUCAUUUGUUUAUGGUAAGGUUGUUUAUGGAACCCUUGUACCUUUUCUUA